AUGUAAUAAAAUAUAAUUUUACGACAUGGAUGUAGUUAACCUCUAACGCUCUAUUAAUCACUAACUUACUUGCUUUACUUUCCAAAUAUUUUAAACUGUUUUCUAUAAAUAUCUUUACUUGACGAAUAAGUAAGAGUUUCAUCUGGUAUUUAGGCUAUACAUUUUAUAAUAUUAGGUCUUUUAACUAUAAUUUCUUUAUUUUCUAGUAUUAAAACUACUCUUAGUUGUCCUACUGAUGAAUUUUUAUUAUUGCAAGUAGAAUAUCGUCGAUAAGGGUAAUUUUAAAAAUAAUAUGAAGAAAACAUUUCAAUUAUGAAAAUUACAAAUUGGAUUCAUAUUGUGAUAUUUGUGAAGCUUAUGUGAAAGAAAAUACAAAACAUUGUAAACAUUGCAAUAGGUUAUACAAAGAUUUAUUAUUAUAGAUGUUGUCAAGAUUUUGAUCAUCAUUGUAAAUGGGUUAAUAAUUGCAUUGGUAAAUUAAAUUAUAAAAUUUUUAUGAUGAUGGUAACAUCAACAAUGUUACAGUUCUUUUACACAAUGAUUGUUUAUAUAAGAAUUAUAAUGUUAUAUAAUACAUAGUAAGAAAAAUUGUUAAUAGACAAUGAAAUUCAAAAGUUUGUAACAAAAUUCAUUUUAGUUUAAGCAUUUUUAUUAUGAAAAUGAUCUCGAUAUUAAAUACAUACUUUCAAUAAUUAUGAUUGUAGAUUCAUUUAUAUUUUGGAUAUUACUUUUCUAAUUAUUCAUAUUCCAUAUUUAUCUAAUAAAAAAAGGCAUAAGCACUUAUGAAUUUAUAGUGAAACCAGAUAUCAAAAAAAUAAAUCCAUAAAAUUCUAUUAUCAUUCAUGCCGAAGUGAUUCCUUAGGGAGUUCCCUAAACAAACUUAAAUUUUCAAAUGGAUAAUAAAAAAACAAUGUACUAGUUGAAGGGUUAAUAUAUAGAAUCGAUUUAAGUGGUAGUGAUUAGUAAGUUGCAUAAGAAUCUUAAGAAAAAUAGAUCAAUCAAUCUGAAAUUGUAUUAAAUAAUUAAGACUUGGCAUGA